UAAAGCAGCCACAACUUCUGACCCUGGACAGGGUUCGAGGGGUCUGCCUCAGCAUCAGUCAAGAACCUUCUGGGGGGAGUCCCGGAAGCCACAGGAGGAUGAGGCUGCCGCUCCUGGUGGCCGCGCUCUGCGCCGGGAUCCUGGCAGGGGCGCUCCGCGUGCGGGCCCAGCACAGGGAGAGAGUGACCUGCACACGCCUUUACGCUGCUGACAUCGUGUUCCUACUUGACGGCUCCUCGUCCAUCGGCCGUGGCAACUUCCGCGAAGUUCGAGGUUUCCUGGAGGGACUGGUGCUUCCCUUCUCCGGGGCAGCCAGUGCACAGGGCGUGCGCUUCGCUGCCGUGCAGUACAGUGACGACCCCCGGACAGAGUUUGGCCUCGAUGCCCUUGGCUCAGGGGGUGAUGUGAUCCGAGCCAUCCGUGAGCUCAGCUACAAGGGGGGCAACACGCGCACAGGGGCUGCAAUUCUCCACGUGGCUGACCACGUCUUCCUGCCCCAGCUGGCCCGACCCGGUGUCCCCAAGGUCUGCAUCCUCAUCACAGAUGGGAAGUCCCAGGACCUGGUAGACACAGCUGCCCAGCGGCUGAAGGGGCAGGGGGUCAAGCUGUUUGCUGUGGGGAUCAAGAAUGCCGACCCCGAGGAGCUGAAGCGAGUUGCCUCACAGCCUAGCAGUGAUUUCUUCUUCUUCGUCAACGACUUCAGUAUCUUGAGGACGCUGCUGCCCCUUGUUUCCCGGAGAGUGUGCACAACUGCGGGUGGCGUGCCCGUGGCCCUGCCCACUGAUGACUUGACCUCUGGUCCCCGAGACCUGGUGCUGUCUGAAGCAGGCAGUCAGUCCUUGAGAGUACAGUGGACCGCGGCCAGUGGCCCUGUGACUGGCUAUAAGGUCCAGUACACUCCUCUGACAGGACUGGGACAGCCGCUGCCAAGCGAGCGGCGGGAGGUGAGCGUCCCCGCUGGUGAGACCAGCACGCAGCUGCAGGGUCUCCGGCCACUGACCGAGUACCAGGUGACUGUGGUAGCCCUCUACGCCAAUAGCAUCGGGGAGGCCGUGAGCGGGACAGCCCGGACCACUGCCCUGGAGGGGCCGGAGCUGACCAUCCAGAAUACCACGACGCACAGCCUCUUGGUGGCUUGGCGGAGUGUGCCGGGUGCCACUGGCUACCGUGUGACGUGGCGGGCCCUCAGUGGUGGUGUCACACAGCAGCAGGAGCUGGGCCCUGGGCAGGGGUCAGUGUUGCUGCGUGACCUGGAGCCUGGCACGGACUACGAGGUGACUGUGAGCAGCCUGCUCGGCCGGAGCAUCGGGGCAGCCACCUCCCUGACUGCCCGAACUGACGCCUCUGUGGAACAGACCCUGCGCCCGGUCAUCCUGGGCCCCACGUCCAUUCUCAUUUCCUGGAACUUGGUGCCUGAGGCCCGUGGCUACCGGCUGGAAUGGCGGCGUGAGAGCGGCUUGGGGGCGCCACAGAGGGUGGUGCUGCCCUCUGAUGUGACCCGCUACCAGUUGGAUGGGCUGCAACCGGGCACUGAGUACCGCCUCACGCUCUACACGCUGCUGGAGGGCCGCGAGGUGGCCACACCUGCCACCGUGGUGCCCACUGGGCCAGAGCUGCCCGUGGGCCCUGUGACGGACCUGCAGGCAACCGAGCUGCCUGGGCAGCGGGUGCGAGUGUCCUGGAGCCCAGUUCCCGGUGCCACUGAGUACCGCAUCACUGUGCGCAGUACCCAGGGGGUUGACCGGACCCUGGUGCUCCCUGGAAGUCAGACAGCCUUUGACUUGGACGAUGUCCGGGCUGGGCUAAGCUACACUGUGCGGGUGUCUGCUCGAGUGGGCACCCGCGAGGGUGGCACCAGCAUCCUCACGGUCCGCCGGGAACUGGAAACCCCACUUGCCAUCCCAGGGCUGCGAGUCGUGGCAGCAGAUGCAACACGAGUGAGGGUGGCCUGGGGACCUGUUCCUGGAGCCAGUGGAUUUCGGAUUAGCUGGAGGACAGACAGUGGACCAGAGUCCAGCCAGACAUUGCCCCCAGAAUCCACUGCCACAGAUAUCAUGGGGCUACGGCCUGGAACCUCCUACCAAGUGGCCGUGUCAGCACUGCGAGGAAGAGAGGAGGGUCCCCCUGUGGUCAUCGUGGCUCAAACUGACCCACUGGGCCCAGUGAGGACUAUCCAUGUGACGCAGACCAGCAGCUCAUCUGUCAUCAUCGCCUGGAACAGGGUUCCUGGUGCCACAGGAUACAGGAUCUCCUGGCACUCAGGCCAUGGUCCAGAGAAAUCCCAGUUGGUUUCCGGAGAGGCCACAGUGGCUGAGCUGGAUGGGCUGGAGCCAGAUACUGAGUACACGGUGCAUGUGUGGGCGCAUGUGGCUGGUGUGGAUGGGACCCCUGCUUCUGUGGUUGUGAGGACAGACCCUGCGCCCGUGGGCAGUGUGUCGAAGCUGCAGAUCCUCAAUGCUUCCAGUGAUGUUCUGCGGGUCACCUGGGUGGGGGUCACUGGAGCCACAGCCUACAGACUGGCCUGGGGCCGCAGCGAGGGUGGCCCCACGAGACAGCAGGUGCUCCCGGGAAACACGGACUCCGCAGAAAUACGGGGCCUCGAAGGCGGUGUCAGCUACUCGGUGCGAGUGACUGCACUGGUCGGGGACCGUGAGGGCGCGCCGGUCUCCAUUGUCGUCACUACGCCGCCUGAGGCUCCGCCAGCACUGGAGACCCUUCGCGUCGUGCAGCGAGGGGAGCACUCGCUGAGGUUGCGCUGGCAGCCGGUGCCCGGGACACAGGGCUUCCGUCUGCGUUGGCGACCCGAGGGUGGCCAGGAACAGUCCCGGGUCCUGGGGCCCGAUCUCAGCAGCUAUGAACUGGAUGGGCUAGAACCAGCCACCCUAUACCGCAUAUGGCUGAGCGUUUUGGGGUCAGCUGGAGAAGGGCCCCCCACAGAAGUGACUGCACGCACUGAGUCACCCCGUGUCCCAAGCACUGAACUGCGUGUGGUGGACACUUCAAUUGACUCAGUGACUCUGGCCUGGACUCCCGUGUCUGGAGUAUCCAGCUACAUCCUGUCCUGGCGACCACUCAGACGGCCUGGCCAAGACAUUCCUGGGGCCUCACAGACACUUCCAGGGAUCUCGAGCUCCCAGCAGGUGACAGGGCUAGAGCCUGGCAUCUCCUACACCUUCUCGCUGAUACCCAUCCGGGAGGGUGUACGGGGUCCUGAGGCCUCUGUCACACACAUCCCAGUGUGUCCCCAUGGCCUGAUGGAUGUGGUGUUCCUGCUGCACACCACUCAGGACAAUGCUCAUCGUGCGGAGGCUGUAAAGCGAGCCCUGGAGCGUCUGGUGUCUGCACUUGGGCCUCUUGGGCCACAGGCGGUCCAGGUUGGCCUCCUGUCCUACAGUCAUCGGCCCUCCCCACUGUUCCCGCUGGAUAGCUCCUACGAUCCUGGGGUCAUCCUGCAGAAGAUCCGCAGCAUCCCCUACGUGGACCCAAGUGGGAACAACCUGGGCACCGCUGUGGUUACUGCUCACAGACACCUGUUAGCACUGGAUGCUCCCGGGCGCCGCCAGCAUGUACCAGGGAUAAUGGUUUUGCUAGUAGAUGAGCCCUUGAGAGGUGACAUCUUCAGCCCUAUCCGUGAGGCCCAGGCUGCUGGGCUCAAAGUGAUGAUAUUGGGCCAGGCCGGAGCUGACCCAGAACAGUUGCGUCGCUUGGUGCCAGGCAUGGACCCUGUCCAGACUUUCUUUGCUGUGGAUGAUGGUCCAAGCUUAGAGCGGGCAGUCAGUGGUUUGGCAACAUCCCUGUGCCAGAUAGGCUCGGCCACCCAGCCACAGCCAGAGCCUUGCACGGUGCAUUGUCCAAAGGGCCAGAAGGGGGAACCUGGAGAGAUGGGCCUGAGAGGACAAGCCGGGCCUCCUGGCCCCCCUGGCCUUCCGGGCAGGAUUGGUGUUCCUGGCCCCCAGGGGCCCCCAGGAAGUACCGUUGCCAAGGGCGAAAGGGGCUUCCCCGGGGCAGAUGGGCCUCCAGGCAGCCCUGGCCGCCCUGGGACUCCUGGAAGCCCUGGCUCAAAGGGCUCCCCAGGGUGGCCUGGUCCUCGUGGAGAAACAGGAGAGCGAGGACCUCGAGGCCCAAAGGGGGAGCCGGGAGAGCCUGGACGAGUCAUUGGAGGCGAGGGCCCGGGGCUUCCUGGGCAGAAAGGGGACCCUGGACCUCCUGGCCUCCCUGGAUCCCGUGGCCCACUGGGGGACCCAGGACCCCGUGGUCCCCCAGGACUUCCUGGAACGGCCGUGAAGGGUGACAAAGGUGAUCGUGGGGAGCGGGGCCCUCCAGGACCGGGUGAUGACGGCACUGUUCCAGGGGAGCCUGGGCUGCCGGGUCUUCCUGGAAGCCCCGGACCCCAAGGCCCAGUUGGCCCCUCUGGAGAGAAAGGAGAAAAGGGUGACAGUGAGGAUGGAGCCCCAGGCCUCCCAGGACAACCUGGGAGCCCGGGUGAGCGGGGCUUUCGAGGACCUCCUGGAGACAUUGGCCCCAAAGGUGACAGAGGACUGAAAGGGGCUGUGGGUGAAACUGGAGAGAAGGGUGAACGUGGAUCCCCUGGCCCAGUGGGACCCCAGGGGCUGCCUGGAGUGGCUGGGCGUCCUGGAGCUGAGGGGCCCGAAGGACCACCAGGACCUGCCGGCCGCCGAGGAGAGAAGGGGGAGCCUGGUCGCCCUGGGGACCCCGCAGUGGGACCUGACGGUGUUGGGGCCAAAGGAGAGAAGGGAGAUGUGGGGCCCACUGGGCCCAGAGGAGCUGCAGGAAUCAAAGGGGAGCAGGGCCCACCUGGCUUGGUUCUUCCCGGAGACCCUGGCCCCAAGGGAGACCCUGGAGACCGGGGUCCCAUUGGCCUCACCGGCAGAGCAGGACCCCCGGGUGACUCAGGGCCUCUUGGAGAGAAGGGAGACCCUGGGCGGCCUGGCACCCCAGGACCUGUCGGCCCCCGAGGACGAGAAGGUGAAGUUGGAGAGAAAGGAGACAUGGGCCCCCCGGGUGACCCAGGUUUGCCUGGGAAAGCUGGUGAGCGUGGCCUUCGGGGGGCACCUGGAGCUCGGGGGCCUGUGGGUGAGAAGGGGGACCAAGGAGAUCCUGGAGAGGAUGGACGAAACGGCAGCCCUGGACCAUCUGGACCCAAGGGGGACCGUGGGGAGCCGGGUCCCCCAGGACUCCCUGGACGGCUGGUAGACCCGGGACUUGGAGCUGGAGAGAAGGGAGAGCCUGGGGACCGUGGGCAGGAGGGUCCUCGAGGACCCAAGGGUGACCCGGGUCCCCCAGGAGCCUCUGGUGAGAGGGGUGUCAGUGGACUUCAGGGGCCCCCAGGCCCUCAGGGGGACCCAGGUGUCCGAGGCCCAGCAGGAGAGAAGGGUGACCGGGGUCCACCCGGCCUGGAUGGCCGUGGUGGGCUAGAUGGGAAACCGGGAGCCCCUGGCCCCCCUGGGCCGCACGGUGCUACAGGCAAAGCUGGAGACCCAGGGAGAGACGGGCUUCCGGGCCUCCGAGGAGAACAUGGCCCCCCUGGCCCGCCUGGCCCCCCUGGAGCCCAGGGAAGGCCGGGAGACGAUGGGAAGCCUGGCCUGAAUGGGAAAAACGGAGAACCCGGGGACCCUGGAGAAGAUGGAAGGAAGGGAGAGAAGGGAGAUUCGGGCGCCCCUGGGAGAGAAGGUCACGAUGGUCCCAAGGGUGAGCGUGGAGCUCCUGGUAGCCCUGGACUCCAGGGCCCCCCAGGCCUCCCGGGGCAGGUGGGCCCCUCUGGCCAGGGUUUUCCUGGGGUUCCGGGAAACACAGGCCCCAAGGGUGAUCGUGGGGAGACUGGACCCAAAGGGGAACAGGGCCUCCCUGGAGAGCGCGGCCUGAGAGGAGAUCCUGGGAGCGUUGGGAAUGUGGAGCGGUUGCUGGAAACUAUUGGCAUCAAGACGUCCGCCCUGCGGGAGAUCGUGGAGACCUGGGAUGAGAGUUCCGGCAGCUUCCUGCCCAUGCCCGACCGGCGCCGUGGCCCUAAGGGGGAGCCAGGCGAGCGGGGCCCCCCGGGCAAGGAGGGCCCCAUCGGCUUUUCUGGAGAACGCGGGCUGAAGGGAGAUCGUGGAGACCCUGGCCCUCAGGGGCCACCAGGCCUGGCCCUGGGAGAGAGGGGGCCCCCUGGACCUCCUGGCCUUGCUGGGGAGCCUGGAAAGCCUGGCAUUCCUGGGCUCCCAGGCCGGGCUGGGGGUACGGGGGAGGCAGGAAGGCCAGGAGAGAGGGGAGAACGGGGAGAGAAAGGAGAACGCGGAGAACAGGGAAGAGACGGCCCUCCUGGCCUCCCUGGACCUCCCGGACCCCCCGGUCGCAAGGUGGCUGUGGAAGAGCCAGAUCCUGGCCUCUCUGGAGUGCAAGGACCCCCUGGAUUCAAGGGCGCAAAGGGGGAGCCAGGCAGUGACGGCGACCAAGGCCCCAAGGGAGACAGGGGUGUGCCAGGCCUCAAGGGAGACCGGGGAGAGCCCGGACAGAGGGGUCUCGACGGCAGCCCGGGCCUACCAGGAGAGCGUGGUGUGGCUGGACCCGAAGGGAAGCCGGGUUUGCAAGGUCCGAGGGGGACCCCUGGCCCAGUGGGUGGCCAUGGAGACCCUGGGCCACCCGGUGCCCCGGGUCUUGCUGGCCCCGCAGGACCCCAGGGUCCUUCUGGCCUGAAGGGGGAGCCUGGAGAGACAGGACCACCGGGACGGGGUCUGCCUGGACCCACUGGAGCUGUGGGACUUCCCGGCCCUCCUGGCCCUUCAGGCUUGGUGGGUCCUCAGGGGGCGCCAGGUUUGCCUGGACAAGUGGGGGAGACGGGAAAGCCGGGAGCCCCAGGUCGUGAUGGUGCUGGUGGAAAAGAUGGAGACAGAGGAGCUCCUGGUGUGCCGGGGUCACCAGGUGUGCCCGGCCCUGUUGGACCUAAAGGAGAGCCUGGACCCAUGGGGGCUCCUGGACAGGCUGUGGUCGGGCCCCCUGGAGCAAAGGGAGAGAAGGGAGCGCCUGGAGGCCUCGUGGGAGACCUGCUGGGAGAGCCGCCUGGCCCCAAGGAAGUGGGAGCAGGUGCAGUUCUGGAACCUUCUCCAGGACUUGUGGCUGCCCCUGAGGUGGCCCACCAGAAAGUCAUCACGGGGUAG